AUGCCAGAGUACCACACCGUCUACUCUGAACGUGGCCGAUUACGAUAUCUACCCGACCACUUAGACACCCCCAAGAAAACCUACCGCGGCAUCUUUGCUGGCCGCAAUCGCAGACCGCACCGCAUUCACAUCGCACACGUCGGUCCUGAUCCGACUCUAUUUCGCAGCCAGAGGCGUCAGACGACUAGUCAGUCGUACUUCACAGAAAAGCUGGCGGCCCCACGCGACGGCGCUAAACGUUUCCUACGGUCGUUUAUCGACACCCACUUUUCCUCCAAGCCCGAAACUACAGACAUACCUACCCCUCAAUCAUCGACGACUCCUACUAGCAGCAAUCGCAACUCGGUUGCCUCUGUUCCAGAACCACGCACCGCUGACAUGCGGUCGCUCACGAGGAAUUCUGGCAGCGGCGCAGUAGGCGCAAUUGGAGGCACAUUGGCUGCAGCAGGCAUGCCGAGACCAUCAGUCGCCGAGUCACAUUGGUCUUCCGGUCGUGCAUCUGCAAAGAGCAUAAUCUCCAAUGUCAAGAGCCUGCCAGAAGAGAAGCCAGUGGCUUCAGGUGGUGGCGUCAGUGUGAAUGUGCAACUCACAGAGCCGGUUCUGUUUCUACGGGGCUUCGAGCAAGCCGAGCAUGCGGAGCGAAGUACAGCUAUGCUCCGUGGAACACUAUGCUUAAAGAUCUCGAAACCUGCGAAGUUGAAGGCUGUGACGCUCAAGUUCAGAGGUAAAGCGACGACCAAGUGGCCAGAAGGCAUUCCUCCAAAGAAGGUUGAAUUCGAAGAGGUUGAUACUCUGAUGAGCCACACAUGGCCAUUCUUUAACUCUCAAUUCCCCACUGCCGAGAACGGUACUGGUGCAGAUCACGUGGAACUCUACAAGGGCUCUAAUGGAUUGACUGGAUCGCCAAACAACUCUUCGCUGAAUUUAACGACAAAAGAGGCCAAGAGACUAUCGCUACAAGUCAACCAAUCGCGAAGCUUCGGUAAGGGCGACACCCCUGGAGGCGGCCCCUCGGUAGCACAGAAGGGUUACAGGACCUUUAACCCCGGAGAGUACAUGUACAACUUCGAGCUGCCUUUGGAUAGCCACCUUCCCGAAACCAUCGAUGUCGACCUUGGUUCCGUCAAGUACGAGCUGGAAGCGACUGUAGAACGCGCUGGCGCCUUCCGCACAAACCUCAUGGGAACAAAGGAAGUUACCCUGAUCCGCGCGCCAUCAGAGGGGUCACUAGAGCAGGUCGAGCCUAUUGCGAUCAGCCGCAGCUGGGAGGACCAAUUACACUACGACAUCGUCAUCUCCGGCAAAUCCUUCCCACUCGGCGCUCAGGUUCCUAUCGCUUUCAAGCUGACCCCACUGGCGAAAGUGCAAUGUCAUCGUAUCAAAGUGUUUGUCACGGAGAACGUCGAGUACUUCUGUAACAACAAGCGAGUGCAUCGAAUGGAGCCUGUUCGUAAGGUUCAGCUGUUCGAGAAACGGGCGGAUGGCCCACCGACCAGUACAUUCCCCGGCAGUACGAUGCGGAUAGUGUCUGGAGGGGGUGUCCCCUAUGACCAGCGGGCAGCCGCUUCUCGAGGCGAGGACGUGCAGGUGCAAGAUCCCACCAACCUACUGGGUGAUCUUGGAGGAGAUGCAAACAUCGGGCCUACAGAGAUGGAGUUCAAUGUGCAACUGCCAAGCUGUCACAACCUCAAAGAGAAGGACAAGUCAUCCAAGUUGCACUUCGACACCACGUACCAGAACAUACAGGUGCACCAUUGGAUCAAGCUUGUCAUGCGCCUUUCGAAACCGGACGCCACCGACCCGACUAAGAGAAGGCAUUUCGAGAUCUCGAUCGAUUCGCCCUUCCAUAUCCUUUCGUGUCAGGCUACGCAAGCCAACACAGCACUCCCAGCGUACUCGUCGCCCGAACCUGCCCUGAGCGGCACACGGGUACCCGAGUGCGGAUGCCCCAAUGCACCAUCCCGGCGCAACUCACCGACCAGCUUUGUACCUACAUUGAGCUCUCUGGGUCGCUCGAGAGGGAACUCGGACGCCGUACUACCAACUCCAUCACCAAAUCUCACCCGCCCGCAAGCAGCACACAUCGGCGGGCCGAAUGACUCCACGGUGCAAAGACCCAUUCACCUCAUGCGCGUACCCUCUUUCAACCCACCCGCAUUUUCGGAAAUAGAACCACCGCCUCCUCUGGAAACCCCACCUCCUCUAUACGAAAGCAUCGCAUCGCCGACGAGUGGUCUGGCCGAUUACUUCUCCCGUUUGUCUGAUGCAUACGACGAUUCUGACAGCGACCCCGAGCGCAACGACCGAGCGCGCGUCGAGAUCCCCCUGACGCCAGGAGGUCGCACCGCCAGGAGUAUGGACGAGCGCCGAACUUGGUUGCCUGUCGGCCAUUGA